UUAGAGAGAGGAGAAAGUGUAUGAAGCUUUGAAUGUGGCCUUAUGUGUUAUUGCUGAGGUGUUUUGAGUAAAAUAAAGAUUACUGUCCUCAUAAAUCACCCCACCCUUUCCCUUAAUUUUUUUUCAUAUACCUCAACAUCCACCAAUUUUAUUUCCAUCAUCUCUCUUUUCUUCUCUCUCACCCCAUUUGAAAGACUCUGUUUUUCUCUCUCUCUAAAUUUUUUCUUGAAGGUUUUUGGGCUUCACAUCUCUGUUUGAAGCUGUGUUUCCUCUCAGAAGGGGGAAAACAGAGGUCUUGACUUUAGAUCUAUCGCUGCAUCUGCUGCUCUUUGGGCUGAUUUCCUGAAGAACAGCAUUGUUGUUUAUUCUACCAUUCAUUUGUUUGUUGAUAAUUAUUCGACUUUAAGCUGCCCUGAUGCAAGGGCCGAGUAGCUCCGUGAGUACUUUACCCGAGAAUAUAAGUUUCGAUCAUGGCUCUGGGUCGGGUGACGCCGCCAUAGAGUCCCAAAUGCCAUGGACUAGUAUGCAGACGACCGUGCAAAGCAGGCUACCGGAUUACAGAAUGCCGUCAAGUGACGCCAAUAAUCAGUAUUUGCAGCAUGUGAGGCGUGAGGGGCCGAAUGUGGAGUGGAGCGUUGGCGAAGCUAGCUCCAGUUCAUCACAGCGCCUUGGUGAUCAGACUGAGAGGAAAAUGGAGCAUGCUUGGACCUUUGCCCCGAGAUCUAACCUCGCCUUAGAAGAGAGGCAGUUUGAACAGUCUGAUAUUCUUUCGUUGGAUAACGUCAAUGUGAACACACAUGGCAGUCAGAGAGCACACGUCCCCGUUGGUAUGCGUGCGUCUAGCUCCAAUGCCCUCCCUCAGGAUCUUAAUAUGAUUGUUGAUUCGGAGGAUGAUGACUGUCAGGUAGUCGAGCGUCCCAGCUCCUACAUAUCUAUGGGACCGUCCAACGGUCAAUUGCAAGCUCCAGGCACUUCCUCUGGUUCGUUUGCCAUGCCUUCCGGACGUGGUGGCUAUAUGAUGGAUGGGAGGGAGGACAGGCCGGGUUGCUCCAUGGAUGGGCGGCGUAUGUCGUAUAAGCGAAAAGCACUUGAAAUGCAAACGGGACAGUCUUCGGGAGUAGGCAGCUCGAGUUGUUUUCAACAUGAUGAAAGAAGCCAAUGGCAUUCCAUGACAGCCGCUCAUGCUGCUGCUGUCAGCAAUGCUAGUAUACCGAUUUCAAUUGACAACGAUGUUGCUAUUAACAAUGGUUCGGAGCCAGCAAAUCCGAGGCUCAGGCUUGGUGUUGGAGCAGCUGGUUCCGUGACUCCUUUCUCGCUGACUUCUUCAGGGAAUGCAGAAAGUUCCCGGAGAAAUCUCCGUUUGCGAAUCAAUGGCUUAUACCAACAACAACAAGAUGCUUUACCCAGCAACCCGCUUUCAACUGAGACUAAUGUUGGAAAUGUAGACGCUUCGUCUUCUCGGUACUCUUCUAGAUUACUCCGCAACCAUUUAUUUGAUAUGAGCCCGGCUACCGCAGUGGAAAGUGCAACCCUGAACAGCCAGCCAACCCUGCAUCUUCCUCCUGCGCGCCGUCAUCAUCAAUCUAGGUGGAGCGGUGCAUCAAGCUCGAGAAGUAGCAGGUCGUCUAUUGCUGUUCCCGAAGAAAGGAUGCAAUUUGGAGAAUCUUCGUCAAGACAUAUUCCAAGAAGCAUUUCUGAGCAUCCUAUGUUCAUUCCAGCCAGUGAGAUGGGAAGUUCGUCUCAGAAUCCUACAAACUGGAACUUUCCGGGUGCGAACAACAGUAUGGCUGCAAAUGCUGGGUCUAGUUCUCGAGCAGGGACCAGCACUGGGCUCAACGCUGCUCCACCUAGUUGGUCCCAUCGGGGCCAUCCCCAAUAUCCUCGGAGGUUAUCAGAGAUUGUACGGAGAUCUCUAUUGUUAAAUGCAGGUGCCGAGGCUGCAGGUCAGAGCAGCAAUCAUGCUGCAAGAUCGGGUUCUCCGGCACUGCCUCAGGAGAUGGUACAUCCAUCGGUGUCUGAUGGUCAUGGCCAUCGUGUACUGAACUCGAGAUCAGCAUAUCUGGACAGGUACGUUGAUGGUGCUUUUGGGGUACCAUAUUCGCUGAGGACUUUGGCUGCUGCAGGUGAAGGACGAGGCAAUAUAAUGUCCGAGCAGAUUCGCCAAGUCCUGGACCUCAUGCGGAGAGGCGAGGGCCUGAGAUUAGAGGAUGUGAUGAUCCUCGAUCACUCGGUCCUUUUUGGGAUGGCUGACAUCCACGAUCGACACCGGGAUAUGCGACUGGAUGUUGAUAACAUGUCGUAUGAGGAACUAUUGGCCCUCGAGGAGCGCAUCGGAAACGUGUGCACCGGUCUAAGUGAAGAAACUGUUACGAGCCGUCUGAAGCAACAGAAAUACGUUGCCAGCAAAGCCGAAAACACGGCUGAGACAGAGCCUUGCAGCAUAUGCCGGGAGGAGUACAACGAGGGUGAAACUCUCGGAGCGUUGGAAUGUGGCCACAAUUUCCAUGCCGACUGCAUCAAGCAAUGGCUGAUGCAGAAGAACCUGUGCCCCAUCUGUAAAACGACGGGGCUGACUACCUGAGAGGCGGUCUGGCUCGUCGUUCUAGCAGGUAUGCGGAGAGUUGUGUUAGCGACGUGAGUCCUGAAAGGCAUCGUUGCUCGCGACUUGAUAAGAAGCUCGUCGUCUUCCCUUCGCUUUCCGGCCUCCCUAAAAAUUUAUCUUUGCUCAUCUGUGGAAAGAUACAGUGAUUCAACUUUAUAUUUUUAGUCAGCAAUUGCACAAGAUUUUUGAAUAUUCAACUAUUUACAUUCAUCUACAUUUGACAAUAGAUUUAUGAUAUUUUUAUUGGUUUA